UUUUGAUUUCAAGGCCCACCCCAAGGGUGGAGUCUGGCUUUCUUUCCAGUCUUGGCUGACUUACAGCUCAUUGCAAACUAGUAGCAAUUUCUGAGUCUCAGAGCCUUUCUCUGUCUGGUUCCUAAGCACAUAUGUCAAGGUCUGGCAGGCACAAGGUUAUCUUCUGAAUACUUGGAUCUUGCUUUUUUUGGAAGUGUUCCCUUGCAUUCUUAACGAAACAUGGACAUCACUGGCUUUCUGAAGUCUCAGUUCAUUUGUCACCUUCUUAUCUGUUAUAUAUUUAUAGUAUCUGGACUGAUAAUUAAUUUCAUUCAACUCUUCACGCUUAUACUCUGGCCAAUCAACAAGCAGCUCUUCAGGAGGAUCAAUUGCAGGCUGGCAUACUCCAUUUCGAGCCAGAUGGUGAUGUUGCUGGAAUGGUGGUCCGGCACUGACUGCACCCUCUACACUGACCCAGAAAGUUUCCACAAGUAUGGGAAAGAAAAUGCCAUCGUCAUCCUUAAUCACAACUUUGAAAUCGACUUUCUCUGUGGUUGGAACUUUUGUGAGAGAUUUGGGGUUUUGGGGAGUGCCAAAGUGCUUGCGAAGAAGGAACUCUCGUACGUGCCUGUCAUUGGCUGGAUGUGGUAUUUCCUAGAGAUCGUUUUCUGCAAGCGUAAAUGGGAGGAGGAUCGGAAAACAGUCAUGCAGGGCUUGUUCAACCUCCGGGAUUACCCAGAAAACUUUUGGUUCUUGAUUCAUUGUGAAGGCACAAGGUUCACAGAGCAAAAACACCAAAUCAGCAUGCAAGUGGCUGAAGCCAAAGGGCUGCCCAAGCUCAAGUACCAUCUGCUACCACGGACAAAAGGAUUUGCUGUCACCGUGCAGUGUUUGAGAAAUGUAGUUUCAGCUGUAUAUGAUUCCACGCUCAAUUUUAGAAAUAAUGAGAAUCCAACUUUGCUGGGAGUUUUAAGUGGGAAGAAGUACCAUGCUGAUUUAUAUGUAAGACGGAUUCCAUUAGAAGAAAUCCCAGAAGAUGAACAGGAAUGUUCCAGUUGGCUCCACAAACUCUAUCAAGAAAAGGAUGCCAUUCAGGAAGAAUACUACAGAACAGGAAUCUAUCCACAAACUCCCAUAGUGCCACCCCGGCGACCAUGGACUCUUUUGAACUGGCUUUUCUGGGCCUUGUUGCUGCUAUACCCUUUAUUCAAGCUGCUCAUCAACAUGGUCAGUAGUGGAUCAUCACUGACGCUGGCCAGCUUUGCAUUUGUCUUCAUUGUGGGUGGCUCCAGACCAAUAAAUUCAGCACUGCACUCCUUGUGAGCUUUGAAGAAACUCGGAUCCAGGCACUGAACCGUCUCUCCAACUGCUCUCCCUUUCAUAAAAACAAGCCUCAUCUUUUUUUUUUUUGUCAUACGAAUUGAACCUUUUCUUAUACAAUUUAAGAGUAUCCUUGGGUAGUAUCUGUUUGUAUGAGCCUUGUAGUGUUGCCAGCUACCAAAAUUGUUCAGACAGCACUGAUGCUAAACAGUACAGUGCCAAAUCUUGUCUCUUGCCUUCAGUAAGGCUAUUCCCAUGGAGCUAGACUAAUUUAUUGACAAUCUGGCCCAUUAAAUAUGACCGUUGUAACCAGCAAUUACUAUUGUCUUUUAUUGCUUGUAUUUGUUGUUGCCUUUUUGUUGGAGAUGUUUUUUUGAAGAGCUGAAUGCUAAGGUGGUAGCUACUGUAGAAGACAUCAGUUAGGUUCAAGAGCUGGAGCUGCCUACAGUUUUAUGCAGUUUUAUUUCUGUGGAAUAUGAUGCUGGGCAUAUUAUGGGGACUUGGGAAGAACAUUUAAUUCUUGUUUAUGUUGUUGUGACACUAGGAUUUGUGAAGCUAACUGCUGAGUGCAUUCCUUCUGCUGAUCUUCAUGUUUUGUUUUUGGAUCCAAAGAAACGCAGCCAGCCAAUCUGACUGCUUAUUUACAUGGGUCACAGAUUUCAGCUAGUAGUUCCUGCAUCUAGUCCAGUGGCUUGUGGUUGAAAUGGUUAACCUCUUCAAAGAGGACAUCAGACUGCCUAAAGGGAAGAAGUGGGUGAAAGGAAGGGGUUAUCGUAAGAAAGGGAGAUGCAUUAGUUGCCCCUCCAUCUUGGAGAGGCUGUGACACUCUUGAUCAGGGGAUGGAGGGAAUAUUGUCUAGGUCUUUGGUGCUUUUGGAGCUAUAUUUUUCUGCCAGCACAAAUCUUGCAAUAGAUUAUUUUCUCUUGCAGUGGGUUAUAGUCGAAGGCAUUUCACGUGGCUCAGCUCUUCUAGCCUAGGUACUUAAGUUCUUCGUCGCACUGUUAUCCAAGUCUCUUACAAAUCCGUAAUGUAGCUAUCCUUGCAAUACCCUGUGGAGUGGGGAAGGAUUCAUUCUGUCUUACAGAUAGGAAUUGCAGGGCAGAGACAUCUUAAGCAUCUACAUUCCACUGAAGUCUAAGCUGUGAUCCUAAAAACCUCCAAGCAGCUGCUGCCUAACCUGGGAGGCAGCUGAAUUCCAGAGGUGCCUCUGUUUUGACAUUUUAGAGCUCCCCAGGUACCUCUAGUUCUGCGUCUGUGCAUGUCUAACGAUGUUUCUGGCUUGACAGGACUGUGCUGUUUGGUACCUUCCUCAUGCCAUCAGGAUCCAUCAGUUAGGCUUUCCUCUACCUACUGUCCCCACAGGGCUUGAUCUAUAACACAUCUGUUGAAGGGUCUUCACCUCAAACAGUGAAAGCUUCUGCUUUCUUUCGGAGCAUGGCUGGGGAGGAGGAAGAGGUUGAAUUCUUUGCAUGUUGCAGUGAAACCGGUUUCUAGCUUCAUUGGACCAAAGAAUGAAUCUGUAUAGCUCAGUGGGUGAGGCACUCACCUGGAUUCCAGCCCUGGGCUCCCAGGAGUGGUUGCGCAUAUCCAGUGGUUGGUGCAGAAAGUCCAGCGAGCAGGCUAGUUGGGCCUUUAACCACACGGGUGAAGAGUGAGUGAAACCCAGGGCUGCUUUGUCUCCUGGGAGCACCCCUUCACCACUAGGGUGAAGAGGUUCAUGCUUUCUCCCUGGCUCAUGAAUCUUAAAAUCUUGUGUGUAAAGAGGAACAGCAAUCAGCAGGAGUGGUUUGAGCCUCCCACCUCAGACUAAUCUAUAGCUCCACAGUUCAGGCACUUUCCUAGGAUGUGGGGAUUUGAAUCCCUUGAGGCAAAGGGACCUCCACCUGACACAGGAGGUACAUGGUCCCACUAGGGGGAAUGCCAUACUGGAUCUGGUAUUGGCAACGGGAGAUGAUAUGGUAGCGGACCUCCAGAUCGGUAGCCAUCUGGGGGACAGUGAUCGCCUAAUAAUAGAAUACACCAUAAAACGUCGAGUGGGUAAGGUAACUAGUAGGGUGAAAGUGCUAGACUUUAGGAAAGCUGAUCUCAAUGCACUCAGGCGAUUAGUCAAGGACGCACUGCAGAGUAGGAGAUUUGAAGAAAUGGAAGCCCAAGAAGGGUGGCUGUGCCUUAAGGAAACGAUCCUUCGGGCACAAAGCAAGACGAUCCCCGAGC